UUUGGAGCUUCAUAUAAAUUUAUAUUAAAAAUCGGCGAGUUAAACCACUUUCUCCUUGCUAUUACUCGACUACUUCGAAAGUCUCUUUUCGCUCUCAUAGCCUAAUCACGUUAAGCAAUAUGGCUGAAUUGACUGCAGAAGCACAGCUUGGUCAAAAUAAUUUAGAGAAUGUCGAUGGGUUCCAAAACAUUCCCAAACAAGAUGCUGCAUGCGUUCCUGACACGCAGAUGCAGCCCGAAGAAAUUGGAUCACAAGAACAAUGUUUUCACCUUUAUGCUUCUGCUUCCAGAAAGGAAAGCUCGGAUGGAUGCUGUUUGGCAACAAAUGAAUAAAGGAGUGUCUACGAAGACCCUGUACUCCAUAAUAAACAAGCCUACUUCAGCAUCAAAUAAAACAUCCUCAAAAAGAUCGUCAAAAUCGUCGUCUUCUAGUUGGAUGACAGUACUGGGAUUGUCCCAAAAGAAGACAUCAGAGCCUGGAAGUAGUACACCAGAGAAGUGCCUAAGGACUACUCAAAAUGAGACUAGCGAGGAGGCAAAGAAGCUUGCUGCUGCUGCUCUCUCUGCCGUAAAGGAUGCUGCCACAGCUGCUGCCUCCGCAGGCCGGGGUAAAGUGAUUACUGAAGUACGAGAUUUUGCUGGUGAAGAAGUUGAAAUAAAGAAAUAUGUUGAUGCCAACUCAGCGGAAGCAUCUGAUAAAGGCAAAGGCCCUGCAGCACCUGCUUCUGCUGUUGAUAUGAUCCUUGAACAAAUAAAAAAGAAGCAGAAGCUCAGUGUACUUGAUAAGACAAAGAAAGACUGGGAGGGUUUCAAGGGAGAAAAUGAAGGCAUGGAAGACGAGCUGGAUGCUUACAAGAAGAGUUCCAAUCAGUAUCUAGACAAGGUUGGUUUCUUAGAGCGUGCUGAUUACCGAGCAUUUGAGCGAGAGAGAGAUGCUCGACUUGCAAUGCAAGCAAAGAGGAAAGCAGAAAGUAUGAGAGAAGAAGACUACUGAGAGCAUAUCCUCCAGGAGAUAUUUGCACUUGGGCCCUGGAAAGAAACGUGUAUCAGUGGCUUUUGGUGGCCUAUUCCUGUCUUUAGAUUAUAAGUUUGUCCCAUAACUAGCAAAUGUUUUGAAAUUAUAAGGACACAAAAUUUUAUUAUCAUCAUGUGAGACUCAGUUUACAAUAGAAAUCUUAACCAAAAAAGUAAGUUUGCAAUAGAAAAAAGUUUACAUAA